AUGACAUCGAUCAAGAGAAUGAAGGGUCUCUCACUGGCAAGGCCAAUUAUCUACGGAAACUCGGCAACGCCACUGAACGGGAAGAAGGGCGGCGACGCCGACCAUACACAUCGCUGGACAAUCUCAGUGCGGGGCGUCAACAACGAAGACAUUUCAUAUUUCAUUCGCAAGGUCGCCUUCAAGCUGCACGACACCUACGACAACCCCAACAGAAUUAUUGAAAAGCCUCCAUUCGAAGUAACAGAGACAGGAUGGGGAGAGUUCGACAUCAUCAUCAAGAUCCACUUCAAUCCUAUCAGCGGCGAGAAACCACUCACACUCUACCACCAUCUGAAGCUGCAUCCGUACGAGGAGGAUGGGCUCGGCAACCCAUGGCCCAAGCAGAAACCCGUUACAAGCUACCAAUACGAUGAGAUUGUGUUCAACGAGCCGAUCGACAGCUUUUACACCAUACUGCAGGAAAACACAACGUCAAAUGUCCCGCUCAAGAAGACGCCACAUCAUCAAUUCAGUCUGCAGGCAGAACAGGAAGAAGUCGAACGGUUGGACAAGGCCCUCAAGACCACAGCACAGGAGAUUGUACGAUAUCGGGAAAAGUGCAAACGACUUGAGGCGGAACUGGCAUCAAAGUAG